AUGCACUUGGCAUCGGCACAGUGCUCUAGUGGCUCUGCCAGCUCAAUCUCCCAAUGGGGAAUAACAUACACUUUUGAUCGAGCCUACCCUUGUGGUACUUUUGCAAAUGGUGACUUCUGGGUAACUCCGACCACUACCUCUGGCGGAAAGGUCAAGAUAACUCAGAUCAAUCCACCUUACAUCGCAUCUAAUGGUACCAAUGGAUGGCAGGCCAACCCCAUCUCAUUCACCCAGCAAGGUCUUGACAAUGGCACCAACAGUGCUGAUCAAUUCGGAUCACUUAGCUACUCGUUCAGCCCAGCACUCGUCCCUGCCCUUCCCUACCUUGCCGCACCAAACACUUCAAUUGUCAAGUGUAUCUCAUUGCUUGGACCAAACCGUGGUCAGCAACAUUAUGGAGCAUUGCAAACUGCUGGUGUCCUAACCGUGCUAGCCUCCCCUCCACCCGCCAACUCAUUCCGUCCUGCAUACUUUGGUGCUUGGUCUAAGAAGAAGUUCCAAUCAACCAACAACUUGAACACUGGAUUGCUCCAGAGUCUUGCGCCAGUCACCGGAACUCCAUCACUAAGUGAAAUGUUGCUCAAAUUCCAGCGUGUCCAGAUCGACUAUCUGGCUGAUUGGCCAGUCUCCCAUCUCCAUCCACUGAACAACAUGGCAUUCUAUGGUGCACAGUUUGCGAGUGACAGUGGAGACGCAGUCCUUCGUCUGAUGCUCAAUGAUCCCUUGGCAUCAAAGAUGCCCCUUUUGAUCGCCUACAUCCAAGCAGGAAUAGACUUUGCAGGUAUGUUGGACAAUGGUGUGACAUGGGGUGCCAACGGUGGUAUCUUCUCUGGUCGUAAGCUUCCAAUUGUAUUCGCCGCAGCCUUGCUUGGUGAUACAAAGAUGGCCGAUCUAGUUAGAUUAGCACCUUACAACACAUUCCAAGAGGAUGGUCAAAUAUUCUAUGGAACAAAUGCCAAGAGAGCACUCUGGGGUCAACUUUGUGAAGAUGGAGACUACUGGAAGACUGGAUCAGUCGAUGAAUCAAACUAUGUUUGCCGUGAUCCAGAUGGGUGGAUUGAUGGAGGUUGGAUCUCCAACAAUUACCAACAAUGUUGCACAUCAAUGGCCUGGAAGGCAACAGCCCUCUCCAUCAGAUUGGCUCCACAACUCCAAUGUAUCUUUAACUCUCCAUUGUUCAUGGACUAUGUUGAUCGUUGGGUAAACUUUGGAUACUGGUCUCAACCUGACCAUUGGACUAUCCAACACACUGUUGCUGCACCAGGAGGUGGAAGAUUCCCUCAGUUCCAUGGCACCGCUGCCAACACUGGUGGAUACGUCUCAGACUUCUCUAACAACAUGUGGGUUGCUUACAGACCAAACGGUGUGCAAGCCACUUGCAAUGGAAAUACCCCGACAACCGGUACCCAAACAACUACCACAACUGCCCCUGCCACUACCACUACUACCACUGCCCCUGCUACUACUACCACCACUGGCGCCACAACGGCAACAACAACUGCCCCUGCCACUACCACCACUGGAGCGACAACCACAACUGGCGCCACUACCACUGGCUCCACCACCAACCCAACCAAAGCUGCCUUGCUCCAGGAGAUCCAGCAGGUCCAGGAUCACCUUAACAACAUCCGUGCCCUUGUCGAAUCGAUGUAA